UUUUUCCAGCCAGAUCUUUUAAAGUCCUUGUGUCUGUUAUGUAAAUGUGAUAUGACAUUUUCUUUGGACUAUGAGAGUCAACAAUAUCGGGAGUGGCUUUAUAGUAAAGACACGCCCCUUAAUAAAGGAACUUAUAUUGUUCAGAAAACCUCUAUAAAGCUCUUGAGUCAUAACAUUAGUAGCCCGGAACAAAUGUCGGAUUUCCAUCAAGAUAUUGUGGCAACGCGGAAGAACUAAUCGUAUAAGAAGAAUGUAAUGUGUCUGUGUCAAUGUCACAUGACACCGUCCUGCCAAAAUGACAGAAGUGAAGAACUCCAGCGAACAUCCCAAUACCAGCACCGACGACAACUAUGACGAAACUUGUGUUUUCUGUACGAUCGCAAAUGGUGACUGUCCACAGACUAAUAUACUGUUUAUCGAUGAAGACUUUGUUUGUUUCCAGGACAUUUAUCCAGGUGCAGCUCAUCACUACCUGGUUGUUCCAAAAAAGCAUAUUCACAGUUGUAAAUCCCUUGAAGCAGAUGAUAUCAGUCUUGUGAAGAAGAUGGCAGAGAUUGGAAGAAGAAUGUUAAAAUCCAAUAAUGUCACAGAUUUAGAAGAUAUCAGGGUUCCAUGUGCCACCAUAUAUCAGCGUCCCCCACCUCCACCUGCAUGUUCUUGCACCUUAUAGUCAACUUUAUAUAGAGACGGAAUACAAGUUUACAGACUUCAGGUACCUCACAGUAAGUCCCAAGAGCCUAAUGGAUGUAAAUUUAAACAAGACAAUUAAUGUGAUUAUAAAGCUUUAACAAUUUAACUUCUCUUUCCUGAUGUUUUAAUAGGUGGAAGCGUUGCUUCAUGCUCUAGAAAUGAAAAAGGGGGGUAGAAAACUCAAAUGGAUUAACUGCUUUCCCAAGUAUAUAUGAAAAGAAUGUAAUCACAAGAAACUUUAGUACAUUGCAAUAUUCUUUUGACUGUUCAUUUCAGUGCUUUGACUUUAAAACUUUUGAAGGCCAGUCAGUUUUAUUAUAUUUGUGUAUGUUUUUUUACUAAAUAGUAUGUUAAAAACUGAUGUAAACUUGACUAUUUAAGUAAUAAAUAUUUAUAUAUUUAAAACAAUAA